AUGCCUCAUGCGCCGAAAUCACCCCCUCGGUUGCAACCCCCUCCGCAAGUAUCCACGAUACCCCAUCAUUCCAGAAGCCUGUACACCCCCUGGCACACUGUUCCUCCCCAAAAAAUAAUCUCAAUCGAGCACCCGGCCAUUAUCAAGAACGUGGAUCAAGCGAUCGAGACACUGGGUGGCGCCAAAGCACUGAAAAAGGUUUCACCCUCACCCCCCCGCCUGCCAUGUUCCCCACUAAUAGAGCUACAAGCUCUCGGAGACCAAAGCCUCCUGCGGCCUCGACCUCCGCUUCCGGCCUGAGGAUAUCAUGCAGCCGCCCAUUCAAUCGAAAACAGUCGAGACGAAUAACAUACUCCUUAAGAUCCGCAUACCGAGGCGUAAGCGUGCGCCUGGGGAGGGCCCGGAUGAGCGAAGCGUGCUGGAGAAGCUGCGCGAUGCAGGGGGGGGAUAUACCAUCGAAGUCGUGGGUGGGAUUGCGCGAACGGUGAGGUUUAGGGAUAUGGCUAAUUAUCAAUUUAAUACGGCGGAUAUGGAGAUUGUGCGGAGGGUAAGGGUUGAGUUGGGGGGCCUGGACUGUUUGUGCUGUCCUUUUCGGGGAAUUCCGUACCGUAGAGGCGGGGCUGAUUUUGGGGGUAUGCCAUAGUUGAGAGGAUCAAGAACUUUGACAUCCCGCCUAGUCGUGGGCUUAGCGAUCCGCGCCCUAUUCUGCCCCCGCCAUCAUUCUCGAAUACGACGAUGCAGCACAACUACUACUACCGCCAGAACCCGGCCAUCAAAAAGGCCCUGGUGGCCGGCAAGCCCGCACUGCUCAACCUCCAGGCCGCGCCGAAGACGCUCACGCCGAUGGUGCACAUCUCCACCACCACAAUCCCCUUGCACCCUCCAGACUCACUGCGAGCCUACAACCUCCUCGACCGCGGGAACAAGCAGUGUGUUGACCACCUGCGCAAGCUCUUCGCCCAACGGCCCAUAUGGACGCGCCGCGCCCUCUUUAACUACUUCCCCAAGAACCUCCAGAGCCUCGUGCGCUUCUCCAUGGUGCACGUGGCAUACAUGUGGCGUGCCGGGCCCUGGCGCGACACCUGCGUCGUGUACGGGCUGGACCCGCGCACGGAUCCACAGUAUCGGGUGUACCAGGCCGUAUUCUUCCAAGUAGACACGGAGAAGACGGCCAAGGGGAGGGAAAGGGCGAGAACCGGCGGGAGCCAUAUAUUCGACGGGAAGAACCUCGUGCGCGACGGCCGAUGCUUUCAGCUCUGCGAUGUCACUGACCCCCUAUUACAAGGCGUGAUUGACGGCGCUAGGGUUCGGUCGAAAUGCGAUGUUUUAUCCCCCCUCUCCUUUUGCACCCCUUUACACCCCUUUGCACCACCUCACAUUCUGCGCAUAGUCUUACACAUGUGAAAUAGCACAUAGACGGUUGGUACCAUUCCACAACAAUGAACAAAAUAAAGACCAUAAUGCGUCUCAAGAUCCGAGCACUCGCCGACGGACACACACCCGCAGAUGCAGACUACGUCGACGUGCUUGAGCAGGAAUCCGAGGAUGAGGAUCAGGAGGCCGCCAGGAAGCUGCGCGAGCAGAUGGAACGGCAGGAACGUGGGAAACGGCGCUUGGAGGAACGGGUCAGGGCGACUCGGCCAACUAUAUCGACCGCUGAAGAAGAAGGAGAGGAGGGGGAAGAGGCGCCGGAGGAGGAAGAAGCUGAGGAAGAGGAAGAGGGAGGAGGGGAACGGGAAGGGGAAGGUGAAGAGGAGGAAGGUGCCGGGGAGUGGGGACAGGAGCUUAAUCUGAUAGGCGGUGUUGAAGGUGUUAUUGACCCUGUGCUGCUGAACGAAGGGCAUCCUGGGGUGACCCCAAUGACCGCCGCUUGGGAUGGGAGGGUACAGGGGGUUAUGGGAGAGUUGAUCGAGUAG